AUGUCGUUCAAGAGGCCUUGUCCCGACCCAGACCACGAGUCGCCGCUUGGCCAUCAAAGAGGAAAGAAGACAGAGCACGGUCUUUUUCCUCAACGAGCCUAUCGUGAACGCCUCAAGGCCAAACUUGAAGGCCUUGAAGAUGAAGUGCCGGCCCCGCAAGAGCUCUUCAUUGAUGCUGCACCAACACCGAGGUCGGAGAUCACCAACCCUCCUCUUGACUCCAAGGCGGCUUCGACUACAUAUCCAGAUGUUGCGACACCAGCAGCUCAUCACGAUCUCAUGACUAGCGCUGCUUUCGACCUUGCAAGUAUAGACGCAGCAUAUCCCUCAGAAGGAUGUCUUGGCAGCCAUCACCUGGACUUUCCGACCGCCUCAGACUUUCACGCUUCAUUGUCUCCGCACGGCACCUCUCUCUCGUUGGACCCGCAAAAUGUUCUACGGAGACUACAGGACGACUGCUCCGUCAUAAACAUGCCAUCAUAUUUCGAGCGCAGCAAACCUGGUCCUCUCGAAUAUGUCCGUCCUGAGAUACCUAGCCAUUCCGCUACAAACCCGCACCCGCGUGGCGGAAGAAGCAUUGACCGUGCUGCUCCCGUCCAGGACCGAAUACGCCACAUCGUGGAUUCAGCCAUCGAGGCCGGCUUCACGAAUUUUGAUGAAGCUAUAGAGGCCUACUAUACGGAAACCUUUGAUGAGACCUCGCCACUAGAUCGGGACCAGAGACUGAGCCGCAAUCGGCGGCUACCCCGGCUGCUGGGUGCUCUGCGCGAUGCUUCCAAGGACUGGAGUCAUUGGGAGCGGCGAGGCUUUCAAGAACAGAUCACUCAAGGCGCCGAGGAUAUUCUCGUCGACGAGCUUGAGCUCUUCAGGAAGGAGUACCCAGACACUGCUUUUCUCCGAGAAAUGACCAGCUCGGAGCUGGGAGGAGGCCAGACCGCUGGAACAAGUCGAGGGUCGAGAAACAGGCGAACAUUCCAAGACAAUCUCCCAAACCUAUGGGCUUUGGCUACGACGCUUGUAGCGAGGACAAAUGCAUCAAGGCAUGAUUCCGACUGCGAAGCAGUCCUGCGUAUCAUAGAGGCUUUGUGCGCUUCGCGAAGUAAUGGGUCCUGA